CGGGCUCCCAGCUCAGUGACCAUUGCGCGUGCUCGCCGCGCGCCGCUGUUGCUGCCGCCGCUACCGUUGCUGCUCUGCGUUUUGUCAACAUGAGCUCCCGAAAAGUACUGGCCAUCCAGGCCCGGAAGAGGAGACCGAAAGGGAAGAAAGAGAAGGCGGCGCAGCACAGAAAGCCUGAGCCUCAGCAGAAAGCCCCCACGGCCCCUCCUCCGCCACCACCACCACCUCCUCCCCCUCCCCCUCCUCCACAUCCGGAGCCAGUAGCACCCCCUGAGCCUGAGGAAGAGAUCCUCGGCUCUGAUGAUGAAGAGCAGGAAGACCCAGCUGACUAUUGCAAGGGUGGAUACCACCCUGUGAAGAUUGGGGACCUCUUCAAUGGACGGUACCAUGUUAUUCGCAAGUUGGGUUGGGGUCAUUUCUCCACUGUGUGGUUAUGCUGGGACAUUCAGGGAAAGCGUUUUGUGGCCAUGAAGGUAGUGAAGAGUGCACAGCAUUACACUGAGACAGCACUUGAUGAGAUCAAGCUGCUCAAAUGUGUAAGAGAAAGUGACCCUGGGGACCCCAACAAGGAUAUGGUUGUGCAGCUCAUUGAUGAUUUCAAAAUUUCAGGGAUCAAUGGAAUCCAUGUCUGUAUGGUGUUUGAGGUUCUUGGCCACCAUCUGCUCAAAUGGAUCAUCAAAUCCAAUUAUCAAGGUCUUCCCUUGCCAUGUGUCAAGAGCAUUAUCCGGCAGGUACUGCAGGGCCUUGACUAUCUACAUAGCAAAUGUAAAAUCAUCCACACUGACAUCAAACCAGAAAAUAUUCUGAUGUGUGUAGAUGAUGCCUUUGUGCGCAGAAUGGCUGCUGAAGCCACAGAAUGGCAGAAAGCUGGAGCACCGCCACCAUCUGGAUCCGCAGUGAGUACAGCACCACAAAUAAAACCAGUUGGAAAAAUCUCCAAGAACAAGAAAAAGAAGCUAAAGAAGAAACAGAAACGUCAGGCAGAGCUUCUGGAACGUCGCUUGCUGGAAAUUGAGGAGCUUGAGCGUCAGGCUGAACAGAACCGAGCACAGGAACUGCUACUGCUGAAUGCUGCCCCCUCCCCUCCCCCACUGGCUGCAGGCAGCGAAGAGGAGGAAGAUGAGGAGACACAGAGGCAUCCAGAGGAACUAGAAGACAGGGAAUUAGAUCUCUCUUGCAGCAAGGAUGGUACAAAGGAGCUUGAAGAAGACAAGGAGGAAGACUUACAGAGAGAGGUGCUAGAAGAUGAUGAUGAUGAAGAAGAUGAGGAAGAUGAAGAUGAAGAAGAAGAAUGUAAUGAAACGGAAGAUACCCCUGCCACAACAGAGGACAAAGAGGAGGAACAGAGGCAGCUACUGACAGUGACAGCACCAUGCAGUGAGAUUGGUACACUGGAGUCACCCAAAGCCAAUGGGCACAUUGUCAUGGAGAAUGGACCCAUGUCCCUGGCAGGAAAGGGCUUUGAAGAAGAGGACUGUGAGGAAGAAGAUGAUGAAGAGGAGAAUGUUGAAAUUUCUCCAGUUGCACAGGCGGACCACAGCGUCUCUGAUGGCCAUUGCCCCUACAGCAGCUCAUAUGAACACUUCAAUGGAGAAGUGCCACAGCUGGCUAAUGGUCGACAUCGUGGGACCACCCCACGCUUCCCGGACUUUGGCAACUCACCACCUGACAACUGUGAGCGAGAAGGCAGCAGUACAUCUCAUGACCGCAGCCGUACAGUGUCAGCCUCUAGCACUGGAGAGCUGCCUAAGGCCAAAGCUCGUGCCGCUGACCUACUGGUGAAUCCUCUGGAUCCCCGUAAUGCAGAUACAAUUCACGUCAAGAUUGCAGACCUGGGAAAUGCCUGUUGGGUGCACAAACAUUUUACAGAAGACAUUCAGACACGGCAAUACCGCUCAAUUGAGGUGUUGAUAGGAGCCGGGUACAGCACACCAGCAGACAUAUGGAGUACCGCCUGCAUGGCCUUUGAACUCGCAACAGGAGACUACUUGUUUGAGCCUCACUCUGGAGAGGACUACUCCAGAGAUGAAGAUCACAUAGCUCUGAUCAUUGAACUGCUGGGAAUGAUACCCCGCAAGUUGGCACUGUCCGGGAGGUUUGCCAAGGAGUUUUUCACCAAGAAAGGGGAACUGAGACACAUUACUAAGCUCAAGCCCUGGAGCCUCUUUGACGUAUUGGUGGAAAAGUAUGGCUGGCAGGCGGACGAUGCUGCACACUUCACUGACUUCCUAUUGCCCAUGCUGGAGAUGGUGCCAGAGAAGAGGGCCUCGGCGGGCGAAUGCCUCACACAUCCUUGGCUCAAUUCCUAGCAGUGCUGACCCCCCCACUGGCAGGCGUUGGUCCUGCUACCAAGAGACACACCGGCGGCACGAGAAAUGGGGGGGAGUAGUUUGGAGGUACUGCUCUGCUGGAGGAUAGGAGCACAGUGCACACUGCUCAGUCCAAUCCAGAUUCCUACCCCCUUGCCCACCCCACCCCUCUGCCACUUCAUUUCUCUUUGUAACUGUGAAUAUUUUAGCUGAACCAACAAGUGAUGGAGGUGCAAAAGGGACCAUGGAGGAGAGAGUGAGGUGGUGGCGGUGCACCUGUUCUUCCUUGCACACAUUCCAGGAGCAGUCACCCCCCACCUUCCCACCCCCUCUGCUGGGGAAGGAUGUGGGGAAUCGUCGGGCCACUGCCGGUGGUGGGCACCCCAGCCUGUUCCAUGUGUUUGUUUAAGCGAAGCCUCUGGUGUCGUGCUGUGGAGUUGUGCUUGUGCGUGGCGGUGCUCGUUUGUCCAACUUCCUGUUCUGUUUUGCGCCUUGACCUCCAGGGAGCUUGGCGGUCAGACGCUUUGCAAUAAUCUCCACAGCUCCCGAUGUCCACUGUUCUUCCGAACGUCUGGAGUAAUUUCUCAUUGAGCGACUGAAUAAAGUGGGAGUUGAAACCAAAA